CUCGCGCCGAGGGACGUGUGGCUACACUCGCGUGGUCAUGGAGGCGCCGCUGCCAAAGUUGCUAGCCGCGACAACCCCGGCCCGGAGCCGAAGGGUCUUGCUGCCGCUGCUGCUGCUCCUGCUGCCGACCGGAGCUUUGCGGGGCUGGGAGGCAGAGGAGAGGCCACGGACCCGCGAAGAAGAGUGCCACUUCUACGCAGGCGGACAAGUUUACCCCGGGGAGCCGUCCCGGGUAUCGGUCGCGGACCACUCCCUGCACCUCAGCAAAGCCAAGAUUUCCAAGCCAGCACCUUAUUGGGAAGGAACAGCUGUGAUAAAUGGGGAAUUUAAGGAGCUCAAGUUGACUGAUUAUCGUGGAAAAUACCUGGUCUUUUUCUUCUACCCACUUGAUUUCACAUUUGUAUGUCCAACUGAAAUUAUCGCUUUUGGUGACAGAAUUGAAGAAUUCAGAUCUAUAAAUACUGAAGUGGUAGCCUGCUCUAUUGAUUCGCAGUUUACCCAUUUGGCCUGGAUUAAUACCCCUCGAAGACAAGGAGGACUUGGGCCAAUAAGGAUUCCACUUCUUUCAGAUUUGACCCAUCAGAUCUCAAAGGACUAUGGUGUCUAUCUGGAGGACUCAGGCCACACUCUUAGAGGUCUCUUCAUUAUUGAUGACAAGGGAAUCCUAAGACAGAUUACUUUGAAUGACCUUCCUGUCGGUAGAUCAGUAGAUGAGACACUCCGUUUGGUUCAAGCAUUCCAGUACACCGACAAACAUGGAGAAGUCUGCCCUGCUGGUUGGAAACCUGGUAGUGAAACAAUCAAACCUGAAGAUGCCAUGAAAGCCUGGUGGCCAAGAGAAGAGUUAUAAUCCCAGAUCCAGCUGGAAAACUGAAGUAUUUCGACAAACUAAAUUGAAAAACACUUCCUCAGUGUACGAUGCUUGAACGUUACCAGUAAAGUUCAACGUUUUAUUACACAGUGUGUUGCAGUAGUAAUUUCUUGGAAAAUAUAAAAAUCCAUGUCACAGCCCAAAGGCAUUUAGUGUUCAAGUUAGACACUGACGCCAAAAGACAGGCUGUUGUUCUCCAUCUUUCCAAAGUAAGAAAUAUCAGAUUGAACCAGACUAGUAACAAUAAUAAUGUUACAGAGUACAUGUUGUAUGCCAGGCAUUGGGUUAAAAAGGUUAGAUGCAUUGUUCCAUUUAAUCCUCAGAGCAACUCUUUAUGAGUUCUUUGUUUUACAGAUUGAGGGAACUGAAGUUCAGAUACAUUACUUACCCAAAGUCACAUAGCUAGCUAGUAAAAGCAGAACCAGACUUUGAUCCCAGGCAGGCUAAUUCUACUUUCUGGGCCCUUAAACACUCCACUGUGACUUACCUCUCUACAUUUUGAGGGUAGUGUUAAAGAACAGGCUGUGAGCAUCGUUAUCUUCCACAAUAUCUGGUAGGGAUAGCUGAUCCCCAUAGCUAACUACUCUGUAUAACAUAAAGCCCUUUUGCCCAUUUUCUCUAAAUUCACAUUUUCAAUUUGUACCAAAUUUAUAAGUAACAAGUUAUAUGCUUAUACUUAAAUAAAAAUUGAACCUCUAAAUACAUAUAGCUAGCUCUUAACAAAUGACCAUAUACAAAGUUGAAUUCCAGUGCCACUCCAUUUGCCACCCCAGUAGUGGCAAUUUAUUGUAAUUAUAUCUAUAGAAGUGCCAUGUAGUUAAGGGACCUGGUACGUGGGAGAAUUUACCUCAUCCUCUCUCUUCCAUGGUAAUCUCUCUCAACAUUCACAAAAGUCCCUAUCCCCGGGGAAAGCCAUCACUAGAAAUCGGGGUAUUACUGGCCUCCUGGCUGAAAGUUCUGUCAUAAAUGGCUGGUGGUUAGUGAUCAGCAUUUGUAGAUGGACAUGGCAAUCCAACCCUCAUAAUCUUUUUCUAUAGCAGUGUUCUAAAUGCUAACUUACAUUUGAAAUUUUAGAAAGCUAACCUAUUAGUAAAGUUGAAGACUGCUAGUACUUUGGUGUUUAAACAGGUCUGUGGUAAUCUUGUCAAAACAAUAUUUUUUAUAAACAAUACAAUUGGAAUCCUAUUCUCAGAUUUCCUCUUUCCAAUAUAAAAAGUGCAUUUUUUACUCAUGGAAAUAAACCUCUAUCUGCUUGAUUAAAAUUCCUAUUCUUUGGAACUUUUCUAGGUAGCUGUCCUGUUCAUCUUAGGUAUGUUUUUGAGGAGGACAGCCAUUUUUAGAUCCAUUCGAAAAAGCAGUCUUUCAAUAUUCAGCAACAACUAUAGUGAUCACCUACUCUAAACAGUUGGCAUACAUCAGUGACUAAAUGACAAAUUUCUGCCCUCAAGGAGCUUAGUAUUUGAUUAAUGGAGUAAUUUCCAGGCGCUUACAAAUAAAACAUAUGUAAUGUAAACAACCUAUGAAUAAAAUAGCAUUGAAUAUACCCCUUGUCAGUGCCUUUUAUAAACUAUCCCUUCAAACAGCUGACUGAAAGCCCACAGGCCUAAAAUUAUACGCUAAAGAUGAUCUUGUAUAGCUAUCCCUUUACAAACACUGGAGAAAGUGUUCAGAAAGGACAGUCCUCUGUUCUACUGGCAAGGAUGGGCCCCAGGCCUGACCGGGAUGCAGCUACUGGAGACAUUCACAGAAGGGGUUGACCUACCAUAAUCCAGAGAAGUGGUUCCCAACUGGGAGCGAUUUUGCCCCCCAGGGGACAUGGCAAUGUCUGGAGAUGUGUUUGGUUGUCAUAACUGUGGUAGUGUUACUGGCCAGGGAUGCUGCUAAACACAUUCUACAAUGCAAAGGACACCCCCCACAACAAAGAAUUCUCUGGCUCAAAGUGUCAAUAACGGCAAGACUGAAAAAACCUGAUCUAGAGACAGCUGCUAACAGAUUAAGGAAAGGAGGAGGUCAGUAUAGUUUAAUAGCUGCCUGUGCAACAGGAGAAGAGAGUCAUGCCAACAUUAAGAGCUUAUCCAAAAUAAUAGGCCAAGAGGUGGCCUGACGUUUCUAUGAAACACUAGGCAGUGUCUUUUCAAUACACUACUAUAUGACAUCUAUAAUUCCCUACUUUUCCCUCAAAUUCCUGGUCUUCUGUUGAAUAUUUCCCAGUUAAGCCUUGCCAGUGUUCGGAGCUUUCCAAUGAUUGUGGCUGACUGUCGGAGUGGUCACUGACCACCCCCUGACCCUCAUAUCUUCUCCAUCAAAGGACACAGCUCAUCCUCCAUCCUAAACUUCCCAUCUCUCAGUAGAAUUCCAGGUUGUAGAUUUUGUUUUCAAACAUAUUAACCACUAUUUUAUUAUUUAAUAGAAUCUUUGUACCCUAACUCCCUGCAUUUGAUAUCAUGGACUGCAUCCUUGUAUUACUUCAUUACCCAUGAACUUUCUGGCAAUGUAGUAUAUAAUUAUAUGCCACUGAAAUAUCUUUGAAUAGAGUUACUAAUAUGUGAUGAAACGUGUGUUUCAGGUAAAUAGCUCCAUGUCAAGAAAAUAGACAGACACACAUAUACAUAUAUACAAAGACACUUCUAUAAACUCAUUAAAUUUUUUGCCUAGCUUUUAAAAGAAGAUGUUUAUCACAGUUACUUAGAUAGCAAAGCAGCUUUUAUCAAUCCCAUUAGUAACUUAAUAAUUUUAGCAUGAUAAUUUUGUACACUUACAUAAAAUGUUAAAAAUAUUCACCUUCCUGAGGUUUAAGCUUACAAUUUAUCAAAGGAUUCAAAAGCCAAGUCAAACACCCAAAUUCACCUUAAUCAUGCAUGUUGUUCAUACACAAGAUAUUACCUAUGUGUAUGCAAGAUAAUUUGCUAGGCAAUGGAGGUAAGAGGUAUGGCAGAGACUCUUAAGAAGCCCAGUCUCAUAAAGGAAAUCAACAUGCAAAUAAAUUGCAGUACAGUGAUAUGUGCUAAAAAUGCCAACACCUGUGACAGCUCAAAGGCAAGCGUGAGUGACUACAAGGAAAGAUGGGGAUGAAGGAAGGUUUCAGUGAGGAGAGAGGUAUAAACCCAUAUCCUAAUUCUCCACUGAAGGCCGUAUCACCUGAGUGUACUGUACAUAAAAAGACAGUACCUGUAACCCAACCUCAAGAGACUGGUCUCCUCUCACAGUAGUCUGAGAUGGUACAUACUUUACAGUUGAUUGGUUAGGGCUAGGGUUCCAGUGCGUGUCUAACGUUAGAGGGAAGUUAAGAAUCGAAUCUGCAGCCUUAAUUUUUUUAACUUUAAGCUCUGGCCUUUUGUACAGUUCAGUCAGGACAUCAGAAACAGGGCUUGCAAGUUUUCUCACUAUUCACGAGGGAGUAUGCUGCACUGUAACCCAAAAGCCACGAGAUGGCGCCCAGCACACAGAAGUCAAACUAACUUACCUAGUACUGAAGCC